GCACUUUCUCGACUUAAUGUUUUCAAUAUGGCUGCCUCCUCGAGCAGCGCUACCACGGCUAAACAGAGCGAUCAUUCUCCGUCAGCCGAAGAAACAGAGGCAGAAACCGAGUUUUGUCCGGGCUUUAAAGACGUCGAUGCAUUUGUCAAGCAUGGUCUGGGAGCGGUGGUGUCCGCCACCAAAGCCUCUGCUGCUCUUCCUUCAGCCGGAGAUGAGUUUGAUCUGUACCGCAGUUUCUCCUCCUUCCAGCAGUUCUGCGCCUCACAGGGAGACCAACUCUUACACUGUAUGAGCCAGAUAAUGCAGCACCAUGGCUGUAGAUCCCACAUGAGAGACCGGAACAAACUGACUGGACUGGAGGACCGCUUUGACCUGGUGGUGGAUGCAAAUGAUGCCAUCCUGGAGAAAGUGGGGAUUCUCCUGGAUGAGGCAUCCGGUGUGAGUCGCUCCCAGCAGCCGGUGAUGCCUGCAGGAUAUCAGCCACCCAAAAUCAUUGUGUCCAGCUGGAAUCGCAAGGGAGGAGGCAGCAGAGCCCAGACCUUUCAACUUUUAGCUGCCAAAAACAUACAGCGGCCCCAGCUCAAGUUCAGAGAUAAAGUGGACAACAGCAACACUCCGUUUCUCAGUAAAAUCUUCAUCAAACCCAACGCAGUCAAACCUCUGCCCUCAUAUUUUGCUGACAAGCACAUUCGUAAGGAGAGGCCAGAGGAUCUGGAUGUUCCUGCAGCUCUGGCAGAUUUUAUUCACCAACAGAGGACAAAAGAGCAUGUGGACGACAUGUUUUCUCACCCUUAUCAGUAUGAAUUGGAUCAUCUGGUCAUGCCAGAGAGUCUGAAGUGUAAACCUGAUGUCCAGAUGUAUAAACCUAUUGGCGAAUCCACUUGUCAGUUUAUCAGUACUUUAGAAGAUCUCGUUGCUUUGAAUGAGAAAUUGGCCAAGACCACUGAGUUUGCUGUGGAUCUGGAGCAUCAUUCCUACAGAAGCUUUCUGGGAAUCACGUGUUUGAUGCAGAUUUCCACACGGGAGGAGGAUUUCAUCAUUGACACACUGGAGCUGCGCAGUGAGAUGUACAUCUUAAACGAGACUUUCACAGACCCUGCUAUCGUCAAGGUGUUUCACGGUGCAGACUCUGACAUUGAGUGGCUGCAGAAGGACUUUGGUCUUUACGUGGUCAACAUGUUUGACACUCAUCAUGCUGCCCGCUGUCUAAACCUCGGCCGAAACUCUCUUGACCAUCUCCUGAAAGUCUACUGUGACGUGAGCUCUGAUAAACGCUACCAGCUGGCAGACUGGAGGAUACGGCCGUUGCCCGAUGAGAUGUUGAAGUAUGCUCAGGCUGACACUCACUACCUGCUGUACGUGUAUGAUCGGGUCAGAGCAGAUCUGUUUGAUGGGGGCAAUGGACAGCCCACCCUCAUUCAGCAGGUCUGGGCCAAAAGCAGAGACCUCUCGCUCAAGAAAUAUGUGAAGCCUAUUUUUACGGAGGACUCAUACAUGGAGUUGUACCGCAAGCAGAAGAAGAGCUUCAACACACAGCAGCUUGCAGCCUUCAGACUGAUGUACGCCUGGAGAGACAAACUGGCCCGAGAGGAAGACGAGAGCACUGGGUACAUCUUACCAAACCACAUGAUGAUGAAGAUCGCAGAUGAGCUUCCAAAGGAGCCUCAGGGCAUCAUCGCGUGCUGUAACCCCACUCCACCACUAGUGCGUCAGCAGAUCAACGAGCUUCAUCAGCUCAUCAAACAGGCCAGAGAGACUCCGUUACUAAAGGCGGAGGUAGUAGCUCAAAAGAGGAAAUCGAUGACCCCUAAACGAAAGCCACAGUCUACUUUAUUUGGACCCCAUGACACAUCACGCUUGUCUGAAAGUGACUUCCUGGACCUCUCUUCCUUUGAAACCCCAACCAAACCAGGAGUGCUGUUUUCAGAGGAAGAUGAGGAAAGUGUGGAUAGAGAGAAAAAAUCGGUGUAUGGUCUGACCGCUCCAGCAAAAAUCAGUCUUUUUGCAGAGGAAGUGUCUUCAGCUUCAGCUCAUCUGACUGUAGCACAGCAGAAAUCUCACAGCAUCAUGGAGUCUUUUGAAAACCCCUUCAGAAUGUAUUUGCCAUCUAAGGACAUUCACAUAUCAAAGAAUGCCAAGUAUGAUCCAUCUUCAAAGAUCUAUGAGAUUCAUAACCGGUGGAAACUGCAGAGUAUUGAGCAGCAGCAGAAAGAGGCUCAGGCCAAACAGCAAGCUAAAGAACAGGCCAAGAAAGCUCAAGAGGAACGAAAGAAAGCCAAACUGAGCUACCAAGAGUCGCUUCAGAACGUUCACACUGUCAGAGAGCAAGUGAAGGAAGCAAAGCAGGCCGGACAGAAAAGAGAAAGAGCUGUUAGUGAUGUCAGCGAAGAUGGUCUUAAACCAAACGUCAAACUCUCAAAGACUGAAGGCGAGACGACGGUAGCUCAUCAGUCCACAAAACCUGCAAAGAAAAAACAGAAACAGAAAAUGUCUCAGGAGCCCGACGGUCCCAAACAAGACUUUAAACCUUAUGACUACAGCCAGUCCAAUUUCAAAUUAUUUGCUGGUAAAUCAAAAGACGGCUCACACUUUGAUCCGAACAGACAAGGACCCAAGCAGAAGAAAAACCUAAAAGGACAGAAGAAGAGUGGAGGGGGAGGCAGGAGCAUGUCUUAUGUUCCCGCCAAAUCUGACAGAGGAUUUCGGCACAACUGGCCCAAGAGAUAGAGGUGUGGUGGUUGACCUCUCUCACGUUCUCUUUAAAAGUGUCCUAGAAUACACUCAGUUGUCCUCAAUGAACCGUUUCUGCUUGUAUACAAUAAUUUGUGGAAUUUGAUGUUUCAUUAAAAUGAGAUUUUAAGA